AUGAAACUUAGAUUAACAGAGCGACUCAGCUGAAGCCGUCUCCGCCUCUUCAUCUUCAUCGUUCAAAGUUCAGCAGCAUCUUCUGCUUGGCUGUUCACUUCUGAAUCUUACUUGAGGUACUGUUUCUUUAUAUUGACGGACGGCGAAAGGAUUUUCUCGCCGUGAUCGAUGAUUUCCUGGCCGUCGGUAUUGUAGCGUUACCAUUUGAUUUAAGUUUAUUGUUUGAGAUCUAUUUGACGAUGGAAGCCACUGAGAAAUCCGAAGAAACCGUCUCUAAUGUUACUAAAAAAUUGCCUGGAACUGUGAAUUGGGGUACGGCAACAACUAUUGCAGUGUUUGCAGGGAUGUUUUAUGGAGGAAGCAAAGAAGCAGCAGCUUCGGUGAGCAAGGAUGCAGAAGUUACAUUGAAGCUUGGGAGCACACCUGACAAGCGAGAACAAUAUAGGUUAAUCAGAGAUGCAAUGGAGAAAAGAUUUAUCAGAGUAACACGAGGCUCAAUAGUUGGUGGUGUGCGUCUCGGGAUGUUUACAGCUGCAUUUUACGGUCUACAAAAUCUGCUAGCCGAGAAGCGUGGCGUGCAUGAUGUUUUCAAUGUCGCUGCUGCUGGUUCUGCCACAGCUGCUACAUUUGGUCUAAUAUUGCCGGGAUCGCUCAAGUGGCGUGCUAGGAACUUAGCGAUGGGAUCUGUUCUUGGUGCAGCAUUUUGCUUCCCUCUUGGUUGGCUUCAUUUAAAGCUUGUAGAGAAAGCAAAUGAAGGCAAUGAAGCACUGGCUUAUCCUAGUGCAAUUCAAAAGGGAGAAUCAAAGAGUGGCGUCGGUGCUGCUAUUCAGAGAUUAGAAGAAAGCUUGAACAAAUAGAUUCAAUGACAUCUCCCGAGCGUCUUUCUACCAUAUUUGCUGGAUUUUGUGGUGGUUUUGAAGACAAUGAACUGCCCAUUCUUGGGGAUUUAGGGGGAAAAAAUAUGUUUCUACUCGAUUGUUUCAUCUCGUUUCUUUAGUAAUUAGCCUACUCAUUCACCUUUUAGAGGGCAUCGGCCGAAUGGUCGAACGGUCGAAACCCCCGGAGCUCUAUACGUUCGAAGAUUUGUCUUAUAAACCAAUUGUUGGUUGAUUCUAUCUUCCAACAUUUCCUAUUCAAUUUUGUUUUAACAUUGAGUUGAUCCUUCAAGUAUAUUGAUGUGGGAGAUGAAACCAAAUGGAUUGGAAUAUUGAGUAAUAA